CCUCCUCACUCUCAGCCUCACUAACAUGGAGAUGGUCGUCCUUGAAAAUGAACCUGAAGUUUUGAUGGAAAACAUCUCCAAUAAAGGCAACAGAGACACAUCUGCAGCACCAGGUCUGAAGCUGUACAGGUGUGUUGCUGUGUCUUUUGGUCUCCUCUGCAUCCUUCAGGUUGCUCUCAACAUUUCCUUGAGACUUCCUCUCAACUGUGAAGCCAGGACCAAACAGCUGACUGAAGAGAGAGAUGAGCUGAAUAGGAAGAUGGAUGACUUCACUCACAGGUCCCAUAAUGGAUGGCUGUAUUUCAGCCAUAGUUUCUACUAUAUUUCUCAAAUCAAGAAAACCUGGCCCGACAGUAGGAAUGACUGUUUGCAAAGAGGAGCAGAUCUGGUGAUUAUCAACAGCAGAGAAGAGCAGGAAUUCAUUAAAGUAUUGGUGCAAAACCUGAUGUGGAUUGGGCUGUCCAAGAGAGAUGGGAUUUGGGAAUGGGUAGAUGGGACUCGCCUGGCUCAAAGUUUCUGGUGCUCUGGGGAACCGAAUAAUCACAAAAGGGGAAAUGAAGACUGUGUACAAAUACACAGCUGCCACCCUGACCACGGCUGGAAUGAUGAAGAAUGUCGCCAUUCCAGUCUCUGGAUCUGUGAGAAGAACAUGGCUCUAUAACUUACCAGCUGUGGUUUAAAAGCGAAAACCCCAACCCCCCUUUUUUUAUGAUUUUAUUUGUCAUGGCCAAUAGCAGCAAUAAACCUGUAGUGCAGUUGGAUUAACUUCAGUUAAGGUAAAAAUAAAUAAAUGUACUUUUAAUAAAAACUGCUUUGUGUUUUAGAACCUGGCUCUUACGCCCUGUGCCCCUUCUGUUACCACUGCCGUGGUAAGCCCCAGCCCUGUCCAGUUUAGUUUUGUCUGGCAGGCAGGCCUCAAACCCCA